AUGGUCGUUUGUGCAUGUCUUUUCAUACUAGGCUUUGCAACAACGUGGGGACCUAUGACGUGGGUACUUAUAGCCGAGCUUUAUCCAGGGAGGCAUCCAGCCAAAGCAAUGGCCAUGGUAACAGCUUCCAAUUGGCUCUCGAAUUUCAUCAUAGAGUUCUUCACGCCGUUUCUAACGGGCGAUAUUGACUUUGCAUACGGCUACGUCUUUGCGGGCUGCCUCUUCGUCGCGGUGUUGGUUGUCUACUUCUUCGUGCUCGAAGGUAAAGGAAAGACGUUAGAGGAGAUGGAUAUGAUGUACAUAAUGAGGGUGCCCCCCUGGAGGAGCAGUAAGUGGGUUCCACCGCCCCCAGAGGAGCGAGUUACAACGGCGAAUGUUCUCGAGCAGAGAGCGGCGCGUGGUCUUGCCAGUGACGAAGAGUCAAGCAAAAGGAACCAAGGGCCGGCUCAUCAGCACAUUGACCAGAACGAAGCUGGAGUUGGCCCGCCAGCGUAA